AUUAAAAAUAAAUCGCGCAAGAACAUUUUAUUUAACCCCGUCGAGCAAUGGACGGGGAUACUGGGAAAUUACGCGGUUUACAUAACGUCAAAUAUAAUGUUGAACAUGAAAGAGGAAGUUUUGCCGGAAUCCGUUUUAAUCGUAAUAAAUCGAAUAAUCGAGAGAAGAAGAAACAAAAUCUUAGCAGAGAGUCUGAAGAUACAAACAACAUUACAACAAGUGAUUUGUCUUAUGUCUCUGUAAACAUUGACAAAAAAUCAAGCAUUGAAUCAAAACAAUACACAAAAUGUGCACGACGGAGAGAAUUUUCUGGAAAGAUGUCUAUUGAUUUUAAGCCUUUAAAAAGUAUGUUGUCAUCGUUUAGUUUUGUGGGCAAAGAUAAAAUAAAAGAAAUAACAUCGUAUGAUUCCCAUAACGAAGUUGUGGUGAACGAACACGAAAAACAUGAUUUAAAUUUAAAACAUCGAGUUAAUAACGAAGUUAAAGUACUAUACGAGCGAGACAUUAACGACGAAGAGAACGAACAGAAUAUUUCACGGAGAAAAUCUGCUAUUAAAAGUAGACGCACUAAAAAUAGUCAGAUAAGUUUAUUUGGUUUCCAACGUUGUAUCCGACGAAAACGACAAUUAAACUAUAAUUUAAAUGUAUUUUAUAAGUUCUUACAAAGUGAUGCAAAACGCGACAAAUGUUUAUGUUGUAAACAUUACUCCUUUGAAGAUGUUAAUCCAGAAAAACCUAAAAAGAAAUCGUCUUUUGUUAAAUCUCAGAGUGACAACCCUGCUGUACCUAAUUUGCUUAAAGUAACUGAGCGCACCACUGUGUCUAACAUAUACCUAUUGAAGCCAAAAGAUGCUAAAAAAAAUGACAGUUUAAAAAAAAAUGAAAUUCCCUGCAGUUGCUUGGACCUAGAUAAACGUGUGUCUAUUUUGAAAAAGGGCGAUGGUUUCGAUAACGUCAAUGUGCAGACAUUAAAAACUAAAAGUAAAGAAAAAAAUAUUGCUACCGCUGAUCACUUGAAGACAAGAACAUUUUCGGGAGGACCGACUGCUGUCAAUGUUUGUGAACCCACAAGGAUAUGUAAGAAAUGGAUAAAAGUUGAACCCAACGUCAGUGAUAGCUGCAAACAAUCUAAAUCGCCUGACCUAUUUGUUUUGUUUUGUUCUGCAAUGAAAUAUUUUCUUUUUAUUACGAUUGUUAUUAUAUGGUUACCUUGCAUUUUAGUUCUCGGCCUUGUAUGGUUAAUUACUUAUCCCUUCCGACCUCAUCAGGACCCAAAGAGUGAAACAAAAAAGAAAACAACUAAGAAGCCUCCUCAAAAACCUACUAAAAAAACAACAGCAAUAAAGUGCGCCUACUGUAAGAAUAAAAAGAAGUGCUAUGCAUUAUUCAGAAAAAAUAAAUCGACUUCUUGUAUAACGAAUAAAAAGAAAAUGAAAGGUACAAAUUGUCAGAAAAAGUGCUCAAGGUGUACACAAUACACGACAACAACUAAAUUGCGUCUUCCUGAGAGUGCCACAACUAUAGCGGUGUUACCAUGCGAAGGAGCCACGUCAUCUUAUGUUGGAAAGAAAAGACACAAAAGUGUGUCAUUUAAACGAUCUAGUAGAAACAGAGGUACAGAAAUCUUUUCAAAUGCAAGUAAAAGUAAACAAACGACCUGCAGUGGGUGUUGGAAGAAAAAAAUUAAUACUCAAAAAUCGGUCAUCCACAGUUUAGAUAAAAAUCAAGCUAAACAAGAUACGAAGCAAAAACCAAAGUCGAAUUAUAAAUGUCAAGAAAUUGUAAUCAAAAGUUGUCAAGGGAUUAAAAGGCAGAAUCAGAAAGUUGAAGUUUGUGCGCCAAAAUCUUUAUCUAAAGCACUCCAGACGGCUUUAAGUGGGGUAUGUUCAGAUAAUAAUGAAUUUGCAAGUAUUUCUAAAUUACCUAAGAAUAAAAGUUGUAACAAUCUCGACAAUAGAUGCGUUAAGUGCACAAAAAAAAGGAAAUUCUCCAAUCGCUGGUGUUCAACCACCACACCUACUAAACAUAUGGCAGUGUCUACGACGUCUGUAAUUCAAUGUGUAUCUUUGCCUGGUCCCGGUGGUUGUGCGUACACUCAAGCUACAAACAUACAGGCCGCUAAAGGAGAUAAAUGUGAAAAAAAUAGGACAACUGUGAUAAAAUUCUUUCCGCCACCGCGUUGUAAGACAAAUACUAUAGGCAGUGGCAUCAAUAUACGUGUAUGUAAUACUUCUAAAUCUACGCUGGCUCCUUUUUCAUCGUGUUGUAAUCGUUCUAUCUGCGGUAAAAAAUCAUUUAAAAUAAUUUCUGUGAACAAGUUGUUUCCACCCCUUCGGCCGUGUUUACGAACGACAUCAAGUAAUACCAUAAAACCCAAAACUUCUUUGUUUUCUAAAUCAAAAGAACGAAAAGAAGACGACUUGGUGGGAGCAAAAGAGAAAAUGGUUAAGAAAGUUGAUAAACAAAAAGAAAAGAAUGCCAAAAAAAGUGGAAAAGAAGAUGGGAAGAACGUUAAGAAACAUAAGAAAGAAGAAAAGAAGGACAUUAAAAAACGUGACAAAGAAAAAGACAAGAACGUGAAUAAACGCGAAAAAGAAGAAAAGAAGAUAAUCAAGAAACCUGAGAAAGAAAGAGAGAAGUCAGUUAAGAAAAGUGAGAAAGAAUGGAAGAAGGUUAAAAGUCCUGACAAAGAAAAAGAAAAGUCAGUUAAGAAACGUGAGAAAGAAGAGAAGAAGGCUAAAAAUCCUGGCAAAAAAAGUGAGAAAGAACAGAAGAAAGUUAACAAGCCUAGCAAAGAAAAAGGGAAACCCGUUAAGAAAAGUGAGAAAGAAAAGAAGAAAGUUAUAAAUCCUGGCAAAGAAAAAGGGAAUCUUGGUAAGAAAAGUGCGAAAGAAGAGAAGAGAGUUAACAUUUCUGGCAAAGAAAUGCAGAAGAACGUUAAGAAAUAUGAUAAACCUUUUUAUGUGAAAAAAUAUUUUCCAGCACCUACUCCGAUCGUAAGACAUAUGUCUACCAACACUGAUGUUGAGAUAUCUACAGAAAAUCAUAAUACUGAAUCUCCAAAAUCCAAUACUGUCGUAAAAUAUAUUCCGCCGCCUUACAAGCGUUCAGUAACUUCAGGUGUCAAUACAAGUAAGCCAAAAUCUCCAUCAACAGGCAAAUUCAAAUCUAAAUCUAGCUCUGCAUGCUUCACGGCAGCAACUAAAAUAAUAAAGUAUCUUCCAAAACCCCGCUCGAGUUCUGUUGGAAGUAUUACAACUGAAAUCAAAUUACCUUUAAAACCAUUAAAGAAACAAAAGCCAAAAAAGAAAAUUCCCCCUGAAAAAAAGAAACCUGUUAGUAAACCACCCGGCCUGUUGUUACAAGACCGUAAGUCUUUUGCUAGAAGACGUUCACAGGAAAUGAUAGCGGACAAACCCGUCCAUAUCUAUAAAUUUUUUCCAAGUCCGAUACGUUGUACUCGGUCAAUAUCGAUUGGUGCUCGUCUACAGGAUGAAGUAAAAAUACCUCACAAAUCAAGCAAAUCUACUACUUUUCCACAAAAACCACUUUUUCGAUCUCUUACGACUACAAUGGCUACUAAUACAUGUAGCGUCGGUCCUACGACAAUUUUCAAAUAUAUUAAAAGUAAAAAGUCUUUUAUAACUCGCGGCACUGCUCCGCAAAAAUUUAAGGAAAAUAAAGUUUCGAAAUCAGAUACAAGUACAAAAAAAGGUGUGGAUAAAACGAGUACAAAAGAAAAGAAGCCUGGGAAACCUAAGCGAAAAAAUAAAAAGAAACUACCUAGUAGAGUCAGAUUUUUUUUAAGAGGUAAAAGUAUAGGAAAACGUAGUACUGGCAGCAAUACAAAACGUAUUUACACAAAAUCUAGAGAAGUUAUGUUAAAGCCGUCUGGUCCACUCGUUAGGCUUCUUCUACCUAAAAAACCUUUGACAACUACACGUGGAGACAAUCCGAGAAAAGAAAAAUUUUGUUUUAUGAGGGAAGUCUGUGGCUUUCCUAAAAAACAAAUAUGUAAAUAUCGCAAGACUUCUGUAAUAAUACCCAAAAGAAUCGUAAUAUAUAAGAGGCCAGAUCAAAUUCCUGAAUCGUCUCGAUCAUCUCGGUCAGCACCAAGUUCCACGACCAGCUCUUCUAGAAGUAAAAAACAAGUUAAGGAGGGUAAGAAGCAAGCUGAGAAGAAUAAGAAGCAAGCUGAGGAGGAAAAGAAGCAAGCUAAGGAGAAAAAGAAGCAAGCUAAGGAGAAAAAGAAGCAAGCUACGGAGAAAAAGAAGCAAGCUACGGAGAAAAAGAAGCAAGCUACGGAGAAAAAGAAGCAAGCUAAGGACCGAGCUAGACAAAGAGCGGAUAGUGUUAAACAACGAGUUAAGGAAAAAGCGAAGGAAAAAGAUAAGGAUCGAGCUACGGCAAUAGCCAUCAAAGAUAAAAAAGCUCGAGCUAAUGAACAGGCUAAACAAAGAGCAGAAAAACGUGCUGAGGCAAUAGCUAAACAAAAAGCUGAAUUUCGAGCUCAGGACCUUAAAGCUCAAGAAGAAAUGAAAAGAUUGCAAAGGAAGAACCGUGAAAAGAAAAAGUAUUAA